AUGUUUAAGCUAGUGGUACUGAGUGAGGAGACAACACCUUCAUUGGACGAGUCCGGUCUCUCCAAAACAAACAGUCAAGACAAAAACCUCUCCAAAGUGCGUGACAGUAGCAAGAAAGCAGGAAUUCCGAUCUUAAACCUAGCCCUCAUGCGCCUGUAUCAAGCCCUCGCCUCGACGCUCGUUUUGGACGUGGGCCUGAUCUGCUACCAGAUCUACACCACCCACAACUACGCGGUCGGGCCAUUGCUGCUGGCCAAGACCAUCUCCUGGAUCGCUCUCACCUCGAACUGGACUCGCCUGCGGUCCGGUGCUACCAACGGUGGUACGCGGGUACUUUGGUUCGACCACGCCUUUGUCUGGAUAACACUUGCUGGAUCCACAUUCCUGGCCAGGCCAAUCCUCGCCCAUGCCUGGGGUGUAAUCGCCAGCAGAGCUCUCCUCCAGACCAAGCCCAAGCUGGAUCCAUGGGCAUUUUUGCCCUUGACCGAGGAUAUCUUUGAGCGAAUCCAGCUCGGGAUCUUUGCGAUUCGCUAUACAAUGUUGUGGGCCGCUAGCCUGUUCUCAGCGCUGCAUCUCAGCGGGGCUUUGGACAUAUCCGACUUGAACGUUUCCGAGGCCCUCUUCAAGGACCCUUUGUCCUCGGACAACACAGCGACUAAGGCCAAGAUUGCUCCCUCGAAUCGGAAGACGCUUGCGUAUUUGGAAGAGAGGGAGAAGGAAGAGGCCGAUGCGUUCAAAAACUUCUGGGCAAAGGCCAAACUCGCCAUCCGACUCUCUUAUCCCUGGGGCGAGAAACGACUUCGGCUUAGGAUCCUGAUCAAGCUGAUUCUCGUUAUUUUCAAUCGAGCCGUCAAUGUGCUGGUACCGCUACAGACGGAGCGCAUUCUCAGGAGCUUUACCCAGGAUGCCGGAGGUUCGGUCACGAUCUCGAAGUUCGAUGCAUGGUCCGUCGUCAUGUACGUCCUCUACAAGUACCUACAAGAAAACUCGGGCAUUUUCUUUACUCUCCAGCGCCACGUCUUGGCGCCCAUGGAGGAGCACACGCGGAUGUCGAUCACACUACGGUUCUUUGAGCACCUCCAUAACAUGUCGAUGCAGUUCCAUCUGGACCAUAGGCCUAGUGAUCUGAUGCACAUGGCCGAAUCUGCACCCCAUAUUAUCCAGUCUGUCUCGGACAUGGUCCUUUUCGGACUCCUGCCCAAUAUCGCGGACAUUGUCAUUGCAAUCUUCUAUUUCUGGACCACCUGGGGCUGGAAAUAUGGGUUCAUUGUCAUCUUCAACAGCAUGCUCUACAUCGCACUCUCAGCCUACUCCACCCGAAAACGCAUCAAGGCCCGUCGCGGCCAGGGCGCAGUGGGCGACGGCGGUUGGGGUAAAGCCAUGGGCUCGUUCCAGAACUCUGGGACGGUCAAGCAUUUUACCGCAGAGUCCUUUGAGGCAGGACAGUACCGUAAGAGUCUAGAGACAUCCCAGAUAACGCGCUUUCAUUUAACCAUGACGACGGAGCUGCUCAACAUGCUCGAGAGCUUUGCUUGGACCCUGAACUCGCUUGCCGGAUGCAUGCUCUGCGCGUAUGAGAUUUCGAAGGGCGAACGCGACGCAAGCAGUUUUAUGGCUUAUAUCAUCUACACGAGACAGAUAGAGAGACCAGUCGAGCAAAUGGCCAUGCUUGCGAAACAAUUUCAUAGAACCUUUGCCAUGCUGGAGAGAGCUCUAAACUUUCUCGAGCAAGAGCAGACUGUCAAGGAUAUUCCCGGUGCCGAGCCUCUGGUUGUCACCGGCGGCGAGAUCGUCUUUGACGACGUUAGUUUCCAGUACGACGCAAACAAGGCUGGGUUGAAAAACAUCUCCUUCACGGUUCCCGGAGGCAAGACCGUAGCCCUCGUGGGCCCCACAGGAUCCGGGAAAUCAACGGUUCUUCGUCUCGUCCUGCGUCUGUGGGACCCUACCUCUGGCCGGAUCCUGAUCGACGGUCAGAACAUUGCCGAGAGGACCCAGCUGAGUGUCCGGAAUCAGAUCGGUUUUGUCUCCCAGGAAUCAGCCCUGUUUGACGACUCUAUAGCCUACAACAUCCAUUACGGUCGGGUUGACGCUCCUACGGAGGACAUCCAGAAGGCCGGGGAAGCAGCCCAGAUCCACGAAUCGAUCCUCAAGUUCCAGGACGGGUACGAAACCAUGGUAGGCGAGAGCGGAGGCAAGCUGUCGGGCGGCGAGAAGCAGAGGAUUUCGCUCGCGAGGACCAUUCUGAAGAACGCGCCUAUCCUGUUGCUGGACGAGGCCACCUCUGCGCUGGACACCAUUACCGAGAGCAAGCUCCAGGCUGCGCUGACAGCCAUGACCAAGGAUCGCACCACGAUUGUUGUGGCCCAUCGUCUCAGCACCGUCAUGAACGCGGAUAUGAUUCUGUGCCUGAAGGAUGGUGUUAUCGUCGAGCGUGGCACACAUGCGGAACUGGUUCAGAAAGGUAUGGAGAACGACGGCGAGGGCGAGUAUUACAAGAUGUGGAAGGUCCAGUCCGGCGGGACAGCUCUGUCUAGUUUGUCCACUCCGUAG